CGCCCUGCUGACCGCGCCCAUGCGCCGGGAGCUGGGCGGGCACGGGCUGGAGCGCCGGGCGAGGCCCGCGGAAUCGGCCCAGGCGGCGGCGGGAGCAGAGGAGCCCAGGCGGGGCGCGGCGCUCUCCUCCCUCAGGCUGGAUGGACUCUGUGAAGACGUGAUCCCACCUACUGCAUCUAUCAAUGCUCUCCACUUUCAGGAUGUUAUUCUGUUGCUGUUGUAUUGCAGUGACAUCAAGAUAAACUGAGGGACAGAGAAUUCAAACCACUUGGCCAAAGCUAUACAGCCAGAAGUCUGACAAGAGUCUCAUAUGAUUAAAAUUAAGAUGCUGGCAGGGACGCAUUCCUCUCUGGAGUCUCUAGAGGAGAAUUCAUUUUCCUGCUCUCCACAGCUUCUAGAGUCUGCCUGCUCUUAUUGACUCAUUGCCCGUUCUUCAUCCUCAAAGCCAGCAAUGGUGCUGCAUCCUUAUCACAUCAGAUCACUCUAACGCUGACCCUCCUGCUGACCUCUUUCCUUUCUAAGGACACUGGACUUCCCUGGAUAUUUCAGGAUAAUCUCUCUAUUUUAAGUGCACAGCCUAGAACUUCCAGAACUAACAACUGUUGAAACACAGUGUGAGAGUGGACAUCCUUACCUUGUUCCUGAUCUUGGUACCUGGCCUCAGACACUGCACCCAGUCCCUCCCAUCAGAUGCUAUUGCUGAAAGCAACGGGGAAUUGCAUGGACGGACAACUGGAAGCAGCUAAUGUGCAUCGAUGUCAUGAAGAAGAACAGAAGGGGCAAGUAAAUACAGCACCUUCAACUGAAACAUCCAGGGACUCUCAUUAGGACUAACUGAGGAAACUACUCAACCCACAGAGAAGGGAGAAAAGCAAGGCAAGGAGAUGGCCCACCCAGGAGUGACAUGGAACCAAGGGAAGCUCCCUCACCCAGAGAAGUGGUGCGUCCUGGCUGAUAGUUGGACCUCUCCAGCAACAUGCCUGAGCAGAGCAACGAUUACCGGGUGGCCGUGUUUGGGGCUGGAGGUGUUGGCAAGAGCUCCCUGGUGUUGAGGUUUGUGAAAGGCACAUUCCGGGAGAGCUACAUCCCGACGGUGGAAGACACCUACCGGCAAGUGAUCAGCUGCGACAAGAGCAUAUGCACAUUGCAGAUCACCGACACGACGGGGAGCCACCAGUUCCCGGCCAUGCAGCGGCUGUCCAUCUCCAAAGGGCACGCCUUUAUCCUGGUGUACUCCAUUACCAGCCGGCAGUCCUUGGAGGAGCUCAAGCCCAUCUACGAACAAAUCUGCGAGAUCAAAGGGGACGUGGAGAGCAUCCCCAUCAUGCUGGUGGGGAACAAGUGUGACGAGAGCCCCAGCCGCGAGGUGCAGAGCAGCGAGGCGGAGGCCUUGGCCCGCACAUGGAAGUGCGCCUUCAUGGAGACCUCAGCCAAGCUCAACCAUAACGUGAAGGAGCUUUUCCAGGAGCUGCUCAACCUGGAGAAGCGCAGGACCGUGAGUCUCCAGAUCGACGGGAAAAAGAGCAAGCAGCAGAAGAGGAAAGAGAAGCUCAAAGGCAAGUGCGUGAUCAUGUGAAGGCCCUUCCUGCGGGAGGAGCAGCUGUGUGUCCCCGGCACCUCACUCCCCCCCAGUGACACCCACCGUCGUCAGGGUAGCAUGUACAAUGCCCACGUGUUAAACAUUGCAUUUAAUCGAGAUGCGCCCUAUAGUCCUUAAGAGGGCGUUCCACACCACCAACAGUAAGCCACCCCCUCUGGAGUCACAGAAUCUGCCAGGCGGUGCAAGUGAAAACCAGUACGCUCAGCAUCCCUGGGAACUGAGAGCUGCCAGCAAUUUCUGAAGAUGGCCAUGAACACCCGAAGGUGGGAGGGAGGACUGGUACCCACAAAGCAACAUGUACCGAGAGGACUAAAGGUCAUCUACGUGCAUGUGAGAGCCUGUUAACCCAGAGCUACCCGCACCAACCCCAAACAGAAGCCAAUCACAUCUUUGGGGGAGGGGAGGGGCAGGAAGAGGUGAGAAGAUCAGAUGGUCCAAAGUGGACCACAGUUGGUCCAUUUUACAUAUUUUUAAAGGGGAUUAAAAACCACAGCCUCUCCCCUAAAGGGUGUUCAUUCUUAAUUCCCCCCUGGCCAGUUAGGAGCCUUGCUACCCUGAGGGCAUGUGUUCACCUCACUAGACCUAGUUAGGAAGUAUCAUUUUAACGUAUUAGAGUAUUUAUCUUCAUGUGCAGGGAUAAGUGCACUAAUAGUGUGCUGCUCUGUCAGAAGUUCUUUAGUUUUUAAGUGAGGAUAUCGUGACAGUAUUAAAACAUCGCAAUAAUGUUCCUGUGUGUUAUACAUCGAGGGUUUUAGAAAUGUGAUUUUCUUCUUUUGACCUGUGAGGGGUAUAACUUCUUUCAGCCCUCAGAUUUUAAAUAUAAGCAAAUAAACUCGGUAUUUUUAGACGUUUUUUUCCUCCAAGGUGGUUUUCUUCUCUUAAAUAACUCAAUCGGUACCCAGCUGGGUAGCAGCCAGCAAAGGCCAUCAGACAACCUGAAGCACAUCCAUUUUUGUAGUGUCACAAACAUGUAUAUGCCACACUUUGCACCUUAAUGAAAUACUUUGAAACAGAAGUUAUUCACUGUGUUUUUGAUGAUCUAUCUAUAUUGGAAAUAUAUUCCUGGAAAAUGCAUUUAAGUAAUAGUAAAUUCUCCUGCAUGUUCCAUUAGACAUGUCUUCUAGAGCUGUUCGAUAGAGUAUUCAUUCUAGAAACAAUUAUCUUUUUCUCCUAAUGAUUUUGUGUGCAUCUUUAAUCUUUCAAGCCAAAUUACAGCCAUUUCAGGUUUAGCUUGGGGAUAGGAUGGUGGCUGGAGACAGGCAGGCUGCUCUGCCCUGGGAAGAGCCCACUCAGCUUAAUCGCUCUGCCACCGUAGAGCCCGGUUGGACUUGGCUUCCUGAAAACUCCCACUGAUAGUGCCUGUCAGAUCUCCUGUUUGUUUCAGUUGGCAGAACAUUUACUGGCCCCAACUGUGGCAUCAUCCUCUCAGCAAUCUUCCUGUCACCUGCCUGGCAGGCAGAAGAAGCUGCAGUCCCACGUGGGCCUGCCUGAGGGGGGUGGGGGCUGCCUGGCUGUUGGGUGGCAGUGCCAGCACAGGCAGGGCUUAAGUCGGGGAUGUUUGACUGUGCCACCUCCUGCAGUUGCUGUUUCUCCUGUCCCUCCUGUGCAGGGCUUGCAGCAGCAGCAAUAUGGCCAUCUCCAUCCCCCAAAGCGCACUUGCUCUCUCAAUAUGUCCUAGUUUUCUUUAGCCUUUUCUGGUUCAGUUCCCUUGUCCUGAUCUCAUCCUCUUUGGUCUCCCAAUAACUCACCCUUGGGAUGUGUUUAGUGCAUGGGAGGUACCUUUGAGAACUGCUUGACUCCAUGCUCUCCUAGAACAAAACCGCCCUGACUUUACAGGGGGAGCACUCACGCUGAGCUGAGAAAGCAGAGAAGUGGCCUGGGAGCCAGCUGGGGGUGCAGAGCAUUUGGGCCAGUCCUGUGCCCCGCUUCAAAUUCCUCAAGCAGGAUUGUUCUGUUCUAGAAAGCUGUUGCACAGCAUUCGCAAUGAGAUCUUUAGUUGGCGGAUUUUCUGGAACAUUUGUUUUUCAACUUGUCCCGACAUUUUUUUCUGUUUCUAUUCUGAGAGAGAGAUGAUCAAGUUUUAAUUUGGGUAUAGGUUAAAUGGAAGAAGAAACAGAACUUCAUGGCCAAAAUGGGGUGUAUAGAUUUUGAGUGGGUUCUUUGCUAACAGUAGAAUGUGAUAUUCACCACUGACUGUAGUGUUAAUAAAGCUUUUAAUGUGAGAUAUUCCUACAAACCAUCCCAUUUCUACUGAUUGUAAGUCAGAAUUUCUUUUAUCCCUUUCAAAUCAGUUUCUACAUGUUUAAGUGUUUAGGGCUUCAUCAGCAUGAGAAGUUUAUAAUUACUGAAAAUCUGAUUUCAUUCAGGACACGUUUUUUUCCUUUAUAUUUUGCCUGUGCAUUUAUAGGCUGGGAAGGCUAUUGAAGCUUCAGUUAGGGGUCUUCAUUUUGAGAUCAUUUUCUAUGAGCUGAACUGAGGAUAUCGAUGGUUAUCUCAAAAUCAUCUUUUAGGAGCUCCCCAAUUGACUCAGGGUUUGAGGAGUUAGUAUCACAGAAUCAGAUUUUUUUAAAGCAUUUGUAUGUUUCCAUUCCCAAAUAUGUAGCCGUGGUUCUUGAAAACACAUCCUACAUUGCAUAUGGGCACAGCAGUUUUUGACCCAGCCAGAAUCAGUUAAUAUUUAAUUAAAUAUUGCUUUGAGGAUGGCGCCCUGGGCAUGAGCAUGGGGCUCCACGACUUCCCUUCUGUCCCCACGAGCCCCUCCUCCAUCCAGCGACAAGCCAUGGGCAUGCAUACAAUGCACCAAGACCAACACAAGAGCAAUAUUGAAUUGUUCAUUCUAUCUAAAAUGACAUGUAUAUAAAACAUAUAAUUUAUCUUCCUGCAUUUUUGAAGUAUAAAGUCAUAAAUUGUACAUAUCUGUAAGCUAGUGUAUUUGUUUCACUGUUUGUAAUAUUUAAGAAAUGCUCAUUCUUUGUAGAACAAAAAUGUAUUAAAUAUUUUAAAAAUUGCUCUGUGAUACUUAAUUUUUUUCCCCUAAAUUUGUAAUGUGUUGCUUCUACAUAAGUUCUCUGGAAAUAUCUACAACUAAUAGGACACAUGUAAAUCCUUGAAGACACACCCUGGAAUUCAGUACCCCACAAGGACAGUGUGUAUACAAAGUAUUUGCAGAGCAUGACUUUUAUAUGUGUGGGAUAUCAAUGUGUAUAUUUAUAUUUAAAGUGUAUUUAUUGUUACAAGUCUAUUCUCUAUUAUAUUUUAUUUACUCUGCGGUUAUAAAAAUCACCCUUGCAUACAAGUUUCUAGUUGCCAGUGAUGUUCUGGAAAUAAUGGGACAUAUUACAAUAAAGUUACAGUUAUGACACCCUG